GUGAGACACUGCGACGGCUGAGGUGUGAUGUCGUAGCUGAAGGUGUCGUUCCGGAGCAGAUGGACUGAAUGAACGGGGCAGUCUGGCAACAGGAGCCUGUGCUGACGCGCCGUCCCGCAGAUGCUGAACUGCGGCCACAAUGGCGAGUCAUGGUCCAUCUGGAGCAUCCCGGGCAAGCACCCGUACUGCGCCCAGGACACCGUGGACAGGACCAGGGACGGAAGGUACCAGUGCUACGAGAACGGCAACCAGGACUGCCGGAGGCUGCCGUACAUCUAUAAUCCCAGGCCUGGCUGGAAUUCUCCGAACCAGCUGUCGAGGGAUCUCGGAAACGGAUCUUGGAGUCAGUCUUUGGUUCUGGACACCGACAACUGCAACUUCCUCGUCCAACUUGAAUGCUACGAAGACGGAUCAGUGCACACCUACGUGACGUACAAGAGCACCUGGCCACGUCAGGAAAGGCUCGCCUACCGGGACAAGGCUCGUUGGGUGCCGCAGCUUUCUUUCCUCAAGUACUACAUGUUCGACUGCGAGAACGGCUACGUCUAGCGGACCGCUCCGUUGGCGGCCCACGUAGAACGCCAGCCCUCACGACCACGGAACAAUUAAAGGAAAGCUCGGG